AUGGCCAUCGGACGAAUGCACAACGCCGCUGGCCGGGCGUCGGCGGCAUCUCUACUUCUUGCUGCUGCCUUGUUUGGCGCUGCUCGGGCUCACGACCACCAUGGGGGCGAGUCUGCGAUCCCAGAAGGCGAGACGGUCACCAAAGAGCCUCUUGACAACAUUACAUGGCUGCACAUCUUUGUCCAGAUGCUUGCCUACGGCGUCAUUUUCCCGAUCGGCAUGGUUCUCGGUAUGGCCAAAUCGCGAUGGCACGUCCCGACCCAGGUUGUUGGUUCCUCUCUGGCUCUCCUCGGAUUCUUCCUCGGACACGCACACGGCGGCCGCCAAUACAUCGGCAACAACGUCCACUCCUUCUUCGCCAACAUCCUCCAGCUACUCCUCAUCGCCCAGAUUGUGCUCGGUCUGUACCUCAAGGGCCACUGGGAGCGCGGCAUCAACGGCCGCAUCCGUCUUCUGAUUCGCCCAUUCCACUCCGUCAUUGGCAAGGCCAUGCCUCUGCUCGCCUGGGUCCAGAUGGUAUUUGGUGGCAUCACGACGCUCGGCUUCUGCCAGGGCGAUCACCUGGGCCAGUGCGCUGCCCACUUCAUCAUGGGCGGCGCCUUCAUCGCCUACGGUAUUCUCCUCACCAUUAUUCUUCUCGCAGGACAAGUUUGGGUCCGCCGCACCGGUCGCUCGCAGGAGUUCUUCGACAGCUCCGUUAUUGCCGUCUGGGGCUGCAUCAACACCUUCACCGAGCACCGCUGGGGCACCGCCUGGGUCAAGAACGACUGGCAGCACACCACCAUGGGAGUCGUCUGGUGGUGCGCUGGCUUGGCCGGUAUCUGGCUCAGCCGCGACCGCGACGGAAACCCCAAGCGCAACUUUAUUCCCGCCUUUGUCAUCUUCAUCACCGGCUGGGCCAUGUCUGCGCAUCCUCAGGAGCUCAUGGUCAGCGCCAUGACGCACGCCAUGUUUGGCAAGACGCUGAUGGCUGUUGGUGUGACUCGUGUCAUUGAAAUCGCCUUUAUCCUCAAGGACAAACAGUCGCUGCACGAGAGCGGCCGCACGUGGAACAGCUUCCAAUACAUUCCCGUCUUUCUCAUGUACGCUGCCGGUUUCCUCUUUAUGGGUGCCACCGAGGAGCAGAUGAACCUCGUCGCCGCGUCUGGCAUGGACGGCGUUUCGUACACGCUCAUUCUCUACUCCCUGGCCUUUAUGACUUUCCUGUUUGCAAACAUGCUUAUUCAUCUCUACGAUCGCCUCUCGGCCGACGAUGAGGGCGCCAAAUAUAGCAACGGCCACAUUCGCCUCAAUGGUAGUGCUGCCCAUGAGGAAGGCCGUCUCCGCGACGCUGAAGAAUUCGAGCUCGAAGGUCUCAGCGACGACGAGGAUCAUGAUGAGAGCCAGCGCAUGCUCAACCGGGGCGAGAGAGCGAGCACCGACACACCAAGCACACUUGGCCGCAACAAUCAUACCUCGGCGCACUAA